CGACAUCGCAUUAGUUGACGUUCCGUGUAUGAAUUGAACGAGACCAUCAAAUCUGUGCUGCAGAAUCAACUGAAUCGGCCACCUUCCUCUAUUCAACAUCCUGACGAACCCAAAGAUCUUGAAGAGCUCAAAAGGCUAUUUCAUUCAUGGGGUUAUUUCAUGUUGAACAUGCGCGGUUUGCGCAGGGACCUCUUGACCACCCCAAGCAUCAGCAGAGAUGAUACACCACCGCCAUCUUCAAUCGGUGGCCCACACACGCCUGACGGUCCCGCGUCCGAAAUUUCCGGCUCAAAUUCCUUCUUGAACGACAAUCACUUCGAUUUUACACCACUCACUCGCAGCACAGCACGGACACGGAGACAUGGAACACCAGAGACAAAUGAAGAUACCAAUACCACACCGGAAGGCCUCCCCAACUUCUACUAUCUAGAUCCAACUGUACCCUCACCUUACGACGUAGAGCCUGAAGAGAGCCUUGAAUGCUUGCUGCAAUUUCAGAGGGUGUUCCCCAAACUCAUCCCAAUUACCACCGUUCUCCUCCAGGCGCAUACACGCAAGACAAAUUGGGCACAAGUUCUCAACAGUUUCCUCGAUGGUCAAGAUCCCGAGAUCAGUCGCGAAGAGAAGAAAAGCAUGGUGGUUGAGCUGCUACUCUACAUCACCCGCGUUCUCCUGCCCUUCCAGAUCGCCGUGAAUCGUAGACUUCUCGCACAGCUUUACGCCGAAAGGAAAGGCACCAACCUUCGCUUGUUACUGCGUUACGACAUGUUGCGGGAGUGGAAGCCCAAGAAGCACUCCGGCAAGUCGAAUCUGGCUGCGCUCACGUACUGGGUGGAGAGCGCGGAACCAGUCAACACGUAUAUGAAUGUCGCCGAUGGAAGCGCAAGUGGGGAGGAUGGAAUGGAUUCGCUACCUCCGCUGGCUAUGAAUGUCAUACCGACACUGAUUGCAGCGCCUGCUGGAGGUUGGAGGAUCAUGAGCGUGAGGGAUAAGAUGCGGCAUAAUGUCACAGCUCUUGACGAUAUCUUGAUGUUGAAGAGGGAGCAACUUGUUAGAAUGGGCAAGAUGAUGUUCACGGUCAAGUUUGCGGAAACGGUGCUCCUUUGGCAAGAGCUCAUGACCAACAACGAGAUGCUCGAGGACUUCAAGGCCAAAGACUGGGAAGGGUUAGGCACUGGAGAGGCGAAUGAGUGGAUCAAGGAUCAGAAGGCGAUGUUGACGAAGAAGGAGAAGCUGCAUGGGUUUGAUGGGUAG